AUGGCUGGUGGUCUCGAAGGGGAUACCUUUAUUGGACCAAAAGCUGAGGAGUAUCGUGGACUAUUGCAUAUCUCAUAUCCAAUGGAGCAUGGAAUCGUACAGGACUGGAAUGAUAUGGAACGAAUUUGGACGUACAUUUACUCCAAAGAUCAACUACGUUCUGCUUCAGAAGAACACCCUGUUUUAUUAACCGAAGCGCCAUUGAAUUCUCGUAGGAAUCGCGAACGAGCUGCUGAAAUAUUUUUUGAAACAUUCAAUGUGCCCGCAUUCUUUGUGUCGAUGCAAGCAAUUUUGAGUUUAUACGCUAGUGGACGAACUACCGGUGUAGUUCUCGAUUCAGGAGAUGGUGUUACGCAUUCUGUACCAAUUUAUGAAGGCUUUGCCAUGCCUCAUAGUAUACUACGUAAUGAUAUUGCUGGUCGCGAUGUUACUAAUUAUUUAAAACUUUUGUUAAGAAAAGAAGGCUAUACAUUUAAAACUACAGCCGAAUUUGAAAUUGUUAAAAGUAUUAAAGAGAGAGUAUGUUUAUUAUCUCCAAAUGUUCAAAAAGAUGAUACGACACAAGCAGAUAAAUCACAGUUUACUUUGCCGGAUGGAACAUCAAUUGAGCUUGGCUCAAGUAAAUAUCGUGCUCCCGAAGUAUUGUUUAGUCCAGAAUUGAUUGGCGAAGAGUGCGAAGGAGUUCAUGAAAUAUUAUCAGGAUCUAUUCAACGUUCAGAUAUGGAUUUACGUCGUAUACUCUAUCAAAAUAUUGUACUUUCUGGUGGUUCAACAUUGUUUCGAGGUUUUGGUGAUCGAUUACUCGGUGAACUGAAACGUAUUGCACCAAAAGAAGUUAAAAUAAAAAUUUCGGCACCACGUGAAAGAGUGUAUUCAACAUGGAUUGGAGGAUCUAUACUGGCAUCUUUGGAUACAUUCAAAAAAAUUUGGAUAACAAAACGGGAAUACGACAAUGAAGGCGCAAAAGUGGUUCAUCGAAAAACAUUUUAA